AUGGAUCGUGAAAGGGUUACGAUAGGGCAAUCCUUUGAAGCCGGUAGCAAACCCCCACAUGUAGAUAUCCAUAUUUUGGUUGUAGAUGAUGAUGCCACAACUCUAGCCAUAGUUUCAGCUAUGCUUAGAACUAUGAGAUACCAAGUGGUGACGGUGAGGAACCCUGUGGAUGCUUUGACUACUCUCCGGAUGAAGAAAGGCUUAAUUGAUAUAGUGGUUACAGAUCUCCAUAUGCCUUACAUGAAUGGGUUUGAAUUGCAAAAGAAAGUCGACGAAGAAUUUAAGCUACCCGUAAUAAUGAUGUCCGCAGAUGACAAAGAGAGUGUCAUAUUAAAGGGUUUGAAGGGUGGAGUUGCAUAUUUUAUAGUAAAACCUGUAAGUCCAGAUGAUCUCAAAAAUGUUUGGCAGUAUGCUGUUGCAGCUAAGAAGGGCAAAUCUGUUGUCGUCGAGGAAAUCGACAAAAGCUUUCACGACGAAUCAUCAUCGUCUGCUGAUCAGAAAAUUUCUUCUGAAGAAAUAAACUCCGAGACAAACACUGCAAAUGAAGAAAAACGUGGUGGAAAAGACCACCAGAGAAAGGCAGGCAAGAAGUGUAAGGGCAACCAACAAAAUCGACAACACAAAAAUGUUGCUCCAAAGAAGGCCAAAGUGGUUUGGACAAAUUCGCUCCACAAUCGGUUUUUGCUAGCAAUAAGACAUGUUACCUUGGAGAAGGCUGUUCCAAAGAGAAUUCUUGAGUUCAUGAAUGUACCGGGCUUAACAAGAGAAAAUGUAGCCAGCCAUUUACAGAAGUACCGUAUCUUCUUGAAGCGAGUUGCAGAGAAAGGUGCUCUUACAAUGAAAGGUUCCACGUCAGACAAGGUUUCCAAGUCAAGCUUUGCAUCCGGCCAUUCAUCAAUGCAGAUAUUGAAAAAUGUGCUGCAGCAGCAGCAGCAAAUGAGAAUUACUUCACCAACAAUAUUUCAACAAGGAUUCAGAGCAAAUAAUAUCUCCUCUCCUAAUUCCUCAAAUGUGGGCAUUUUCACCACCACAACCACCAACACCGUGCCUAAUCAUGGACUAUUCGGACACUCAAAUUUUCUCGGAAAUCAAGCUAACAUUCAACAUCCAAUUCUUGGUAGUACAACUACAAACCCUGUUUGCCAAUCCAGUUUCCCUGGUCUUGGAAUCAAUUCCAACAUUAACAAUGGUAAAACCAGCUUUAUCAAUAAUGGUGCAAAUCAACAGCAAUAUCAAGCAAGGCCAGAGAAUUUCAUAACUCCCUCAGUGCUUAACCAAGGUUUAACUAGCAUCCAAGACUAUACUCCUCAAGCCACCAAAAACAAUAUGGGAAAUUUCAACGCUAAUCUGGUGUCUAAUUCUUGUAACCCCAGUAACAAUUUUGCUGGAAUUCAAAGGAACAAUAAUGGUGGAGGUCUUAUGGGUUUGGAUCAAUCACGACUGAAUAUCAAUGGUGGAGGUGUUUCAGGGGGACUGUUCAACAAUGACUAUGGAUUGGUGAAUGGGAUUUGCAGUGACAAUAUGAAUAGUAGUGUUGGAUCACUCGGGAAUGAUUAUGGAUUGGGUUAUCUGCAGGCUCAAGGAGGGUCAUCAUCUAGUUCUGGUGGGUUUGACCGUGGAAUCCAAGCACUACUUUUCCCUAAUAACAUCAGUCACCAACAAAAUGCUUUGCCACAGAACUAUCAGUCUGGUUUCUUCUCCAGUCAUGUAAAUAACGGAGAAAGUAAUUUUGGGUACAAAGAUGGUUUGAUUAACUUCAACAACACUUCUACUGCUUCUCAUGCACAACAAUCUUCUCUGGAAAAUGAUAUCAGUGAUCUAAUUUUAAUGGGCGACACCAAUCUUCUACCAUCUCUUUAUCAUCAGCAACAAGAUGGAGGGGCAAACGACGUCGCUUCUGAUUUGUGUGAUAUCUCAUGUGAAGCUCGAAUGAAUCCUUCUGCAAACCAAGUCCAAAGCCCUGACCUUCCUGCAUUGUACCCCGCCCAAGAAAUUGGGCCUUACCAACAAUCUUUGGGUCAGAAUCAAGGCAAUGAACAAGUGAUGAACCCUGAGUAUGGCAAUAGUACUCUUCAUCCUACUGAGGUCUAUAAUCCUUGCUCGGACCAAUACUCAUAUCAGAAACAAGGCAGCACAGAAGACUUGGACUGUGAAUUUACGGACAUGUAUCAGGAUUGGGACGAUUUCAUGGAUUCCUUGCUGGAUGCAGAGUGA